AUGAAGUGUAUUGUGGCUCUCCUGGCUCUGGCCGUCAUGGCCCAGGCCCUCAAGGUACCCCUGAUGAAGAGAAAGGAUGGUGGCAGGAAGCACCCCCAUGUGGACCCUGGUCUCAAGUUCCAGUCUCCUGAGGUGCAGGCUUCCUAUGGAGCCACUAUGGAGUCCCUUCUCUUCCAGGGCUACUACUAUGGCGCCAUCUCCAUCGGCACCCCUCCCCAGUCCGUCCAGGUGCUCUUCGACACCGGCUCCUCCAACCUGUGGGUCGACUCUGUGUACUGCAACUCUCAGGCCUGCAACGUCCACCAGAAGUUCAACCCUCAGUCCUCCUCCACCUGGAAGUGGGCAGGCAAGUCUUUCACCCUUCACUACGGAGCUGGAGGCAUGACUGCCUAUCUGGGCUACGACACCAUCACCUUGGGAGGCCUCACAGUCAAUCAGCAGAUGGUUGGCUUGAGCGAGACCCUGGACACCGCUCCCACCCCCUUCGCUGGCAUCGUGGGUCUGGCCUACCCCCAGAUCUCCUCCGCCCAGCAGCCCACCCUCAUGGACACCAUGAUGCAGCAGGGCGUUCUGCAGCAGGACUUUGUGGCCUUCUACCUGUCCCGUGGUCAGUACGGCAGCGAGAUGUCCUUCGGUGAGCUGGACAGCAGCAAGAUGGCCAGUCAGAUCACCUGGACCAACGUCAUCUCCGAGUCUUGGUGGGAGAUCAUGAUGCAGGGAUUCGAGAUUAACGGCCGCGAGACCGGCUGGUGCCAGCAGGGCUGCGCCGCCAUCGUGGACACUGGAACCCCCGGCCUGGCAGUGCCCACUACCUACUUCAACUCCCUGAUGCAGAGCACUGGAGCUCAGCAGUCCAACGGCAUGUACUACAUCAGCUGUAGCCAAGCCGGCAACCUGCCCACUCUGAGCGUGGUCAUUAGUGGAGUGGCCCUCCCCAUCCCUCCCUCUGCUUACCUUCAGCAGGGUCAGAAUGGAUAUUGCACAUUUGGUAUGAUGCCCACUUCCCAGCAAGACUUCAGUGGAAGGCCCAUGUGGAUUCUGGGAGAUGUAUUCCUCAGGGAGUAUUACUCUGUGUAUGACCGUACUUACAACCGUGUGGGUUUCGCUACCGCUGCCUAGACAUGACCGCCUUUCAACACCUUUUAAUUAAAACUACUCUUCCCAUCACCCCUUUC